AGCGGUCGCAGUGGUGAAAAUUUGAGAAUAGCAACCUUUUUUCCGUGUAGUUUUUAAUUGCAUAUGUAUGUUAAAAAUCGCAUUUUAAGCACAAAUUAAGAGACGGCCAAGUUAAUACGAAUGUGGUGUGCUUAAACGCGCACGCUCUGUUUAAAAGAGACGCGAUCGUAUAUACAUUAUUUAGACCACAAAUAUCGUACACGAUUCACAUUCACACUAAUAACCGUGUGUGCGUGCUUUGUGUGUGUGUGAGAGACUGUGCAUGUGCCCAUGUGUAUGUGUGUGUGUCGGCUUUAAUUUGCACGCACGCCAACAACAAAUAUACAACAUACUAGUAUUUAGCAAGGCAAAACAACAAAAAUAUAUAUAUAUAUAAAAGGGAACAACAACAAAAAUGUCAUAUCCACCGCGUGCACCGAUGCCGCCAUACAUGAAUGCAUCGAUGCCACCGUCGAUACCACCGCCGCAUCUGAUGCAGCAGAUGGGCAAUCCCCCGCCACGCAGUUACCGCAACUCGGCCACGAUCAGCUCACAGCCCACAGUUUAUCAUCGACCGCCGGAGCCACAGCCUCAAUUCCGGGGACCUGUAAUCACCGUAUUCGUGGGUAAUAUCAGCGAACGUGUUCCGGAAUCGCUGCUUAAGCGCAUCUUGGCCACCUGCGGUGUUGUCAUUAACUGGAAACGCGUCUCCACAUUCGGAUUCUGUGAAUUCGAUGGCCCCAUUGCGGCGAUGCGCGCUGUGCGUCUGCUGAGCGAACUGGAGAUUGAUGGCAAGACGCUCUUGGCCAAGGUGGAUGCCAAGAACAAAGUGCUGAUCGAGGAUUACAAGGAGAAGGAGUGCAAGAAUGGCGAGGCUGGACACAAUGCCAUGGAUGAGAAGACUGAGGAUGAGUAUGCGACCAGCCAGAUGCAUGAUCUGCUUGAGGAGCACAAGCACGAAUUUGAUGGCUUUGAUGGAAGCAAUCGUGGCGACAUCUACGGCGGCAGCAGCAGCACCAAUCGCAACAAGAAGACGCGUCGUGGCGAGGAUGACCUGAAGAUUAAAUCGUUAAACGAUAAUGCACUCGAGGAGGAGAAACGUAAUCUGAUAAGCAGUGAGAUUGGUAAAUUUCGUAAACGUGCCGAGGCCGAUGAGCAUCGCAAGGAGCUGGAGAAGGAGAAGGAAAAGGAGAAACAGUUGGCCACCAAGGAGAAGGAGAAGGAACGCGAACGUGAUCGCGAGCGUAAAAAGCAGCGGGAAAGCGAACGGAAAACCAGCAACAGCAGCAGCGGCGGCGGAGGAGGAGGCAGCGGCGGUGGCGGUGGAGGAGGCAGCGGAGGAGGAGGAGGAAAAUCCAAUGCCAACAACGCCGUCAACAGCAACGAAGUGGAGGAAAUUGUGGAGAUCAAUGACAACAAGGAGCCAACGAGCAGCAAGGAGUCAAGCAGUCGCAGUCGCAAAGAGUCCAUUGUCACCAUAGAUGUGUCUCCAGUGCGCAAGGAUCACAAGGAUCGUGGCGGAGGCGGAGGUGCAGGUGGAGGCAGCGGCGGCACAGAUGCCAAGGACAGCCGACGACGUCGCUCCAAGUCACGCACCAAGGAGCGGGAACGGGAUCGUGAUCGCGAGCGUGAACGUGAACGGGAGCGAGAGCGUGAAAUGCGUGAGCUGCGGGAACGUGAAAUGCGUGAGCUACGCGACAAGGAACGUGAACGGGAACGCGAACGUGAACGCGAACGUGAGCGUGACCGUGAACGUGAGCGGGAACGCGAACGGGAGCGUGAACGGGAACGGGAACGCAUGGAGAUGCGUGAACGUGACAGGGAUCGGGAGCGGGAACGGGAACGCGAUGAAAAGUCCAUUAAACCGAUGCGAGAUGCACGCCGUGAGAAGGAAAUGGAGGAGGAGAUGCGGGAGCGCAAGAAGGCGGAGAAGAAGGCACGUGAAAAGGAGGCCGCCUACCAGGAGCGACUCACCAAUUGGGAGAUACGCGAGAAACGCAAGUCCAAGGAGAAUGAAAAGUAUCGCCUGAAGGAGAUGAUGCGCCAGGAGGAGCGUGAAAAGGACGCCAAACGGCUGAAGGAAUUCGUUGAGGAUUACGAUGAUGAACGUGAUGAUGCCCUGUACUACCGAGGUCGGGAGCUGCAACAACGUUUGGCGGAGCGUGUCCGGGAAGCGGACGCCGAUUCCAAGGAUCGCGAAAAGGAAGCCGACGAAUUGGCCGAACUGAAGAAUAAAAUCUUUAGUGGUGAAUUUGAGAAUCCCUCACAAGAAUUUGAAAAGGCACGACGCGAAAUCGAGAAGCUCUACGAGCCCAGGAUUCUGAUCAAUGUGAAUCAGGAGGCGCAGCGACGCGAACUUGAAAUGCAGUCCACACACCAGCAACAACAACAACAACAGCAACAGGAUCGUCGCAAGCAUCAAAUGAGCGACUCGUAUGAUACCCUGGAUAUUGUAGCCGGUGCAACGGGUUCGCAUAAUAAGGCGCCACCGUCCGAGGAUUCGUUAUCGACAAACGAUGAUCGCGCCUCGAUGGCGGAUACGGCGUCCAAUGCCAGCGGUUAUUCGCAUCUCAAGAACAGCAACAACAACAACAUAAGCAACAACAACAAUCAGUCCGCUGAUAGCGUUAGCAGGCAGAAUAGCGAAUCAAGAGAUUCACUGUCCAACAUUCACACACCCACAAUGAAUGCCAUGAUGAUGAUGGACAACCACAAUAAUGAUCAUUUGGGUGCUGCCUCCUCUGCUUCUGCCUCUGCCUUCGCUGCUGCCUCCGCCACGCCGCCCAUGAGCAUGCCCCUCAUCUCCCUCACACUGGGCAACAAUCUCAAGAAGAAGAAAAUCGAGGCAACUGGCGUCUUUGUGAACGACGACGACAACGAUGAGAAUAUCAAUCCUAAGAAGCGCAAACUUGUGCCGCUAGAUUAUGAUGACAAUUUAAGCAACAGCACCACAUCGGUGAGUGCAGCUCAGACGGUUGCGGAGCGUCAAAGUUCAGCUGUGUCAGCGGCGACCGCUGCUGCCGCUGCCGUUAGCCAAAAGAUCGCGAAUGCCAGUGGAAGCGGAGGCGGAAGCGGAAAUGGUUCCGGCUCAACGUCAUCCGGUUCAAUGGGCAGUGGAAAUGGCAGCGGGAGCAAGCAGGGGAACAGCAGCAGCAACCAACAUGGCGGCAAACAUGGCGCUGGCAGCAGCAGCAACAGCAACAGUAGCAACAACAACAACAGUAGCAACAAUAACAAACACCACGGUAAGAAUGAUGCAGCUGCAUCUGCGGGCAGCGCAGAUGCUGCGGCGACAAACACCAAAAAGGAUGAGAAUGGUGCAAAGGUGCAUGAUGAAAAACGCCGCCAUAUAAAAAGCAUUAUUGACAGGAUACCCACACAAAAGGAGGAGCUAUUUAAUUAUAAACUUGACCGCAACGAGAUUGACAGCGGUCUAAUGGAACGCAAAAUACGUCCAUGGAUCAAUAAGAAAAUCAUUGAAUAUAUCGGUGAACCGGAGCCAACCUUAGUCGACUUUAUAUGCUCCAAAGUAUUGGCCGGCAGUCCGCCUCAAAGCAUACUGGACGAUGUGCAAAUGGUGCUGGAUGAGGAGGCUGAGGUGUUUGUGGUGAAAAUGUGGCGCCUGCUUAUCUAUGAACUGGAUGCUAAAAAGAGUGGCAUCGCUGGCAAAUAGAGAUGGGCCAGGUAACCAGUGACCAACUAGCCAAGUUAUCGAUCGAUCAUUGUGGCCUUGGCAGAGACGUUGCUAUACUUUAAGUUACAUUUGUAAUGCCUAGACUCUAUUUAAAAAAAACAAAAACAAAAUUUAUCAAAACAACACUAUAUGAUUAAAGUGUACAUAAUAGGGCGUUUUAUGCCAGCAAUUGUGUCCCUUCAAAAAUCAAUCACUUUGUGUUUUUUUUAGCGAUUACGAUAAAUUCAAACAAAAAUGCAUCGAUAAUGUAAAUACACACUCACAAUCAGCACCAAAAUUCACAAUAAGAACAAAAAAAAAAAAAAACAAUGAAUUAACUGUACUCGUGUGCUCCAUGUACAUUUCCAAUUUCCACUUGUUUUUCUUUUCUCUCUUUCGCGCUUACAAAACAAAAUUUAUAAUUGAAUGUAUAACUAAUUUUUUUUGUAUGAAAUUUAACGGAAAGAGAUCAUGACUUGAAAGCAGUAAUGUCUUCAUAAUAAAUAAUUAAAUGAAAAUCUACAAAAA